UAUCGCUUGAAAAGAGGCUGCCGUGUUGACGCACACCCUUGGACUUGGGGUUUCGUCUUACACGCCAUUCCACGCAUUUGGUGGUGUACCUUAACAAGGUUGUUUAGUGCAUGUUUUUUACCCAGUCUGUGCCGUUUUAGUUCUUUGCCUGUUCUCUCCGCCCCCUGCAACUUCGUUAAGGCAUGGGUCACUUAUGGAUAUCAUGGCUGAUGCGAAUCCUUCUUAGUCGAAGCGAAUGGCGAGCAACGCCUAUCAGGAUUCGCUUCUUGACUCGAAGGCCUCUGUAGUAAAGACUCACCUCCAAUUGCUUAAUUUCCCGAAAAACCAUCUUCCUGACGCAUCCGCCUCGUGCCCUCCUCGUAAUCUCCAUACGUCAAUUCUGCCCUACCCGGCUCCGCCGUUGAACCUCUACAUACCCUCCCUCCAUCUUUGAUACAGUCACUCACUCACUGUCCAAGAUACCCCGGUCCUGGCCGAUUCAAUCAUCCCGCUGUCGCAUGGGUCCUCAGGUACUAGUGUACUACCCUAUCAUGUCCUAGGGUUCAAAAGUCGUUGCCUUACAUGUAUGUGGCUUCGUCCCUCGUUUUCGAGUUUCGUUCAUACCAUAUCCUAAUACAAUUAAACUCUAACCGACUUCAAGACAUCCUUAUUCUGUCUGCCUAGUUAUCAAUCUCAGACUUCUAGUACAAGGGUGUAGUUUGUUUGUUUCAGUUGUCGUUGCUACACUACACCUCUGUCAUCUCAGCCUCAGCAUAAAAGUCCUACAACUUAGAUGGUUCCCCCCUAUUGUGUCAACAAGCUCAAUACCAUCUUUUCAAGGCCUCCAAUUUGAUGACUCUCUGAGAGUAGAUGUCCUUGCCGAAUCAAUCGCCAUCGGAAUUACAAACUCCAGAAAUUCGCAUUCAAAGUGCUUCCCCUGACCAAGAAACAGAGGAAAAGGAGAGAUUAAGCGGCAAACGCUCCAAAUCUCCUUCAAAACUUGCACCAACACGUCAAACAAGGUCGCAAUCCUCAAGUCACAAAGACAAGAAGAAGGCUUCUUCUUCCAAAUCAGAUUCUCACUCUUCUGAAAAGAGCAAAAUGGGCGGAAGCUCAAAGCAUAGCUCUCACAGCUCCCAUAGGGGCAGCUCAUCUUCACAUUCCUCAAAAAAGUCAAAGUCGAGUUCAGUCGAUGAUGUCGACUGGUCAGAUAUCACAGAUCCUGAAGAGAGACGAAGAAUUCAGAACCGUAUUGCUCAACGCAAGUUCAGAGAAAAGGCUCGAGAAAACAAGGAGAGAGCCGAGAGAGAUUCUCGAAAUCAGGAGUACGCUGGCAACAGCUAUCGCAUUCCCUCUGCCAACGACUUCAACUCCUAUUCAGACCCUUCAGGGCUUCCCUGGGGCAGCAUGAACAUCGGCCACUUUGUCGGUCGUAGCCAGGAGGCCGAGAGUCGACACAGCAGCAGUAGAAGGGGAACACACAGCGCAGACGAUAGCUUUGCUACAGCAACAUACAGUGCUUCACCCUCAUACGGCACGCAAUGGGCACAAGCAAGUUACGGUGAAAGCAGUGGAGCAGACGAGAUGUAUUACGAUGAUUCUUACCUAUACGACCCAAAUGCUGGUCAAUGAGCUGUGAAGAAGCUAUUUGGUUUUCGCACUUGGGAAUAGAAGGAAUUGAACGGACUUAUCACGAUUAAUGUCAUUGUAUAACUUAUCACACACCCUCUUCUGGAGUUUUUGUUUUGGUAUUACCCCGCUCGCUCACAUGGAGUUGGUCUUGGCUGAGACUCGGGACGGGAUGAUUAUAGCGGUCAGGCAAGGCAAGGGGUGACGGACUAAUUACGAGAGGAAAGAAGAUCUCUCUUUCUAUCCAUAGAUCAUGUUUUACCAUACCUAGGGCACUCCUCUACUCUGCUACUGGUUGGCGUUAAAGAUGGCGGCAAGGUGGAUGACUUUGCAUAAUAAGGCAAUAUUUGAUCUAAUUCGUUGCAUGAUAAAUUGCCCGAUGAUCAACUUUGAGAGUUGGACAAGCUGACAGUGGUAUAUGGGUGAUACGAGUUGCGUUGACCAAUGAAUGGCUUCUUCACAUCACAUUUAAAGGCCUAAUUGUAUAUCUAUUUACUGAAGUCCUAUAUACGGAAAUGCGGCCUCCGAUUCAUGUACCGUAAUACGAAUUCAGAUAUGCAGCAACCCCUGAGAGCUAAAAUAUGCCUUGUUUCAACCUUGCCCAUUUCAUAAGUUGUGGCCUGAUAUGAACAUUAUCUGUUCAUGUUUAUUACCAGCCAAGACGAUUACCUUGAAACAUAGACCAUCAUUUUCUUGCAUACUCCGAAUAGUUUCAGUUGAUAUUUGAACCAUAUAGCCU